CGCUAAAAUUCUAUAUUAGAAAUUUUCAAACAAAUUUCUAAAUCGCAGGAGUAUUUUGCUAUUAUUAUUGUCUAAUAUACAAAUCAAUAUAAUUCCAAAAUGGUGCGUGUUGGUUUGCAAAUCUCAGCUACUCUAGAGAACAUUGAAAGUCUAGAAACCAAUCAUCCGGAUUAUCAAUUUUUUGUGAAAGUGAAAUGCACAAACUGUGGGGAAACGUCCGAUAAAUGGCACGACAUAACCGAAUCGGAGCGCUCGCAAGGUGGUGCAGAUUCACGUAAUCCCGAUGGGUUCAAUUUCUAUAUGAAAUGCAAAAUGUGCGGACGUGAAAAUAGUAUUGACGUAGUAGAGAAGACAAAUGCAUUGUACACUCAGGAUGAUGCGGGGAAAUUUAAGACUAUUGUCGUAUUCGAUUGCAGAGGCGUCGAACCAGUCGAGUUUUCGCCACGCACUGGUUGGAUAGUACGGUCCGCUGAGAAUGGCCAAACAUUCGAAGAUGUGGAUUUGUCCGAGGAUGAUUGGGUUGAAUACGAUCAAAAGAAUAAGGAGUCAGUUGGAGUGUAUGAAUUCGCGUCACAAUUUAUAAAAUUGAAGAAAUAGAGGGUUGCAUGUAUUUGAGGAACAAGCAAAAAAGCUUACGUGUUAUAAGCUGCCAAGAAAGUUUAAGUUUUGAAAA